CAAGUGAUGAAUCUGAUUAUAGAAUAGGAGCUAAUGGAACAUACCGACAAAAAUUUUUGUCAUUAUUUCCUGAUUUCUUGACAACCUUACAGAUCCAAACCACAAAUAACCAUCACUCACGUAUUACUUAUCUUAAUAAUCAAUUUGCCGAAAUGCUAAACAGAUUGCUACAAUCAUUACACCAAGAACUCCCAACAAUAAUUCAGGAUAUUAUAAGAUUACAAUUGGAAAAUAUCAAGAUGCUUCCUCAUGUAUUACCUGAAACUGCUAUACUUGAUCUACCAGAAGAUCAAUAUUAUGUCUUAUCAACAAUCUCUUCAUAUGUUGGCCCAAAUAAUG